UUCGCUUCUGCUUCCAUAGCUUCCAACAUAUCGCAGCAUAUCAGGCCGCCGUCGUCGUCGUCGCCACCACAAAGGUGAAAAAAUAAACAAAAAAGUGACAUUCUGUGUCAUACCUGAUGGUCCAGUCGACGUCGCCGUCGUGAAAAAGGACACGAAAUGUUCUGAGCGUGACGUGAACGAAUAAACGAACGAAAAAAAAAGAAGGAUAAUAAUCGUGCGUAAGAUUAUUCAAUUGGUGUUAAAAUUCGCGUAGUCUUUUGUUACUGGAAGGACCAACCAGAAUGAGCGUCGUCGGAAAGAAGCUUUCAUCGAUUUCGUCAGCUGCCCCAAAGGGUUCGUCCUCGGCGGGGCCCAGUGAAGAAUCGGCUGCGAGUGCAGCAGCAGCAGCUACACCCAUCGGCAGCAGUCCACUGCCCGCGGUCAUCACGCCCGAUUACGUGCUGCAGAUGACCAAAAUCACCGACGACUACCUGUGCGCCCCGGAAGCCAACGUGUACGACAUUGACUUUACCCGCUUCAAAAUCCGAGACAUGGAGAGUGGGGCCGUCCUGUUCGAGAUUGCCAAACCUGGCCCACCGGAACAGCCCACAGCUGCAGCCCAGAGCAGUGCCACCGAUUCGUGUUCCGGUGCUGGGGCGGUCGAGGGAACCGAUGACCAUCCCGCCGCCACCGAACUCGACGAGGAACCCAUGGACUUGAACGCGGGACGAUACGUACGGUACCAGUUCACGCCACAGUUCCUCAAGCUGAAAACUGUCGGGGCAACCGUGGAAUUCACGGUCGGCGGGCGGAGUGUGAAAAACUUUCGGAUGAUUGAGCGGCACUUUUUCCAGGACAAGCUGCUGAAAACGUUCGACUUUGAGUUUGGCUACUGCAUUCCGUACUCGAAAAACACCUGUGAGCAUAUUUACGAAUUUCCCACCAUCCCACCGGAUCUAGUGAACGAGAUGAUUAUGAACCCGUUCGAGACGCGCUCGGACAGCUUCUACUUUGUCGACAACAGUCUGGUGAUGCAUAACAAGGCGGACUACGCGUACAACGGUGGUCUAUGAGCUUAAGUCUAAGAUUACGUACUCUCAAAACUCAUGAUUUAUAUUUUGUACAUUUGAGUGGACUACUCGUAGCACUACCAACAACUAAAGAUAUAUUAAUUAAUCGCUGGAAAGAACUGGAUCAUUAAGUGUCGUACAAGAACAAAGUUUAGGGAAUUAAAAAUGCAUUCAUAUAGAGAGAUUUCUUGAGUGGAAGAAGACUCAAGCGCGUAAACAAAUUGGAACUGUUUCAAGAUUCGUAUCAAUUAAUCUUAACAACAAGAGAAAAGCGUCAAUAUAAAGGGACUCGAAAAGAA